CUGACAGGUGGACCGUUUAAUCUGGGAGAAAAGGGACUUUUCCUCGUCUUCCUCGGCCCUGGGACGACCAUGUCUCGCUCCGGGAUCUGUCGGGAGUCUUUGCUGGUGAUUUUGCUGCAGGUGGUGUUGAUUUGCUCGGCUCAGAGGGGCCCGGUCGGUCCCAGAGGCCCCCCGGGGCCGAUGGGAGUAGCAGGCGUGCCCGGAGUGGACGGCAUUGAUGGCGACCGAGGAGAAGACUCCAAGGUGGACGGAGGACCGGGACCCGACGGAGACGACGGCCGGGACGGAGCUCCGGGAGCUGCAGGCCUUCCGGGGGCCGACGGACCCGUUGGACCUCCUGGAGAUCCGGGCCUGGGGGGCCCCAAAGGACAAAAAGGACAACAGGGGCCCAUCGGGUCUGUGGGGGCGAAGGGGGUCGGACCCGACGGGCUGGAUGGCCUCCCGGGCACAGACGGGCUGCCAGGAGAACUCGGCAAAGUUGGAGCACCUGGAUCAAGAGGCGGGCGAGGUCCUGUGGGUCUCCCUGGUUCUGCUGGGCCGCGGGGUCCUCCGGGUGUGUAUAAAGGCGAGGACCUGUGUCCCAACGCCUGUCCCGCAGGACUCAACGGACAUUCUGGCCUCCCCGGCAUGAAGGGCCACAAAGGGGUCAAAGGUGAAUCCGGUGAGCCCGGAAGACAAGGACACAAGGGGGAGGAAGGAGAACAAGGACCGGCGGGGGAAGUCGGAGCUCAAGGACCACCGGGCCCAGGCGGAAAGAGAGGCCUCCAAGGAAUCCCCGGGCCCAAAGGGGACAGGGGAGCUCGUGGACAACAAGGUGAUGGAGGUCCUCGAGGAAUCCAGGGAGCCCCAGGCGACCGGGGUCAAAGGGGAGCCGUCGGGGAGCUCGGACCAGCGGGGGUUCGGGGGGAUUCCGGUCCGUCGGGGAUCAGAGGAGUGCCGGGGCCCAAGGGAGAGCCUGGCCUCGCCGGGCCAGAUGGCCGUGAGGGAAUACCUGGUCUGCCCGGAUCCAAGGGUCUCACUGCGAAAAAUGGGGCUCCGGGUGUUGCUGGCCCACAAGGGCUUCCUGGUUUGCCAGGCACUUGGGGCCAGAAGGGAGUCAGUGGUGCAGCGGGAAUCCCAGGUGAUCCAGGUGCUGUUGGGGAGAUGGGGUCUCCAGGGAAACAAGGCGAGCGAGGCGAGCAGGGCGAGGUGGGACCGGUCGGAGCCCGAGGAGGACCAGGCGCACGAGGAGAGCGAGGGCCCGGCGGGCCUCUGGGAUCACCAGGACCCCGGGGAAUCAAGGGGGAUCCAGGCCUCCCCGGUCUUCCUGGUCCUGCUGGUUACCGCGGUGAGAAGGGCGACAGGGGGGCCGUCGGCCUCGAUGGUCCGAAAGGAGACCAGGGCUCUGCAGGCGCUGAAGGAACAGCGGGCGAUGCCGGAGAACUGGGGGAUCAAGGAGAACCGGGGGAGAAAGGAUCGACCGGCCCCCCGGGCCAGACGGGGAACAAAGGACCCGAGGGCGGCAGAGGACAGCAGGGCAAAGAGGGCAAGCCGGGCCAACCGGGGCCUCGUGGCAUGCAGGGCGACGCGGGGGUACCUGGCCUGCCGGGGGGGCAGGGCCCAGCGGGGAAAUCUCCGACGGACACAGACAUCAAACGGGUCUGCAUGAGGGUGAUGCAAGAGCAGCUGGCCCAGCUGGCGGCGAGCCUGAGGAGGCCCGAGUCCGGCAUCUCCGGGAUCCCCGGCCCCCCCGGCCCGCCCGGACCCCCGGGCCCCACCGGGGAGAACGGCUUCCCCGGACACGGCGGCUCUCGGGGACUGCCCGGGCUGAAGGGUCCGGCCGGGCUCAUCGGGCGCAAAGGACCCAAAGGUGACCAGGGCGACCGAGGGGACAGGGGACCCACCGAGAGGGGGCCCAAAGGGGCGCCGGGGGCCCCGGGUCUACCAGGCGAACCCGGCCGAGCGGCUUACGGCACAGACGGUCGCGACGGGGAGAGGGGCCCCCGCGGCGUCCCCGGCGUGCCGGGAGUCCCCGGGCCCCCCGGCACCGCCGGCGCCACCGGUUACUGCGCGUCGUCCCAGUGCGUCCCGCCCAUGGUGGCGGCGCCGGUGUUCGCCAAGGACUCCGGCAUGAAGGGCCCCGGUGAGAUGUGAGGAGCAGGAGCCGGAAACCAGGAGGGGGGGGGGGGGGGCAUUUGUCUUUUUCACGGUUUUAUUUCUGGGGGUCACUGGGUUCCCUUGAAGCGGAUUGGUUUACGAGCUGAAGGUGAACACUGAGAAGCCAAAUGCAGCUCCUGAAAAGGCCUUCACGCAAAAAGCUUAAUUUGACCUUUUGACCUCACGUUUCUACCCGAGCAGCAGCGUCUGAACGUGAUUCUGUUCUUGUAAAUGUGUCGAUACGCAGAUGAUCCAGCUGAACGCACGUGUUGUUGAGCUUCUGUCCACUUUAACUUCAGCUUAUGUUUGAUAUUUGUUGUCAUGACGACUGUAGUUUGUGAAAACCUCAGUUUUAUGACUUAUUUAUUAUAUCACGAUUCAAGGUGACGUCUUCGAGUUGUACAAAGGAAGAAAUAAACACGUUUUGAUAACCUCUGGCAUGUUUUGUUUAAACAAAACCAUUUUCUCCUAUUCUUUUAAUCGCGUGGUGCAUGAAUGAAAAAUUCCAUUACUUAGGAUUGUUUCAAGAUUUCAAAAUUACAUCCAACUAAACCACCGAAAUAAUUUGGGAUUUUGAAAGACAUUUAAUGCAAUGAAGGUUUUCUUAACUCAUGAUGACUAUACAGAGGACGACGUGAUUCAAUCCUGAACAUAAGGCCUGAAUUCUGAUACAUUUCCUGAAACAUAAGAUGGCUCCUAUGAAAUAAAAAUUACUGCCAUAAACAUG